UUUGGUUCUUCACAAUUCAUAGAGAAAAAAUUUCCCGAUAUGGCGUAUUGCUAGUUUUUCUCCUCUUUUUACCAGUACUUGCUUUUAUUUCUUAAAUUUAAUUAACAUUACUAAUUAAAUUACAGUUUCUUUAUAUUUUCUUGAAUAAAAAAUCAUAUGGACGGAAAGAAAUUAGAGUACAAGGGGAAGGAGGCAAUGAAAGAGAUUGAGAGACUAACGAAGAACGCUGAUGAAGUUCAAGAGGGAAUUCUAAGAGAAAUUCUAUCUCAAAAUGGGGAAACUGAAUACUUGAAAAAAUUCAUAGGAUCAAAAGAUAAUAAACAAGUCUCAAAAUUCAAGAGUCUUGUGCCAGCAAUUACUUACGAGGAUAUUCAGCCUUAUAUCCUACGAAUUGCUAAUGGAGAAGACUCUAAUCUUAUUUCUGCGGACCCAAUCACUGAAAUGCUUUGCAGCUCAGGGACGUCAGGCGGGGAGCCGAAGUUGAUGCCUUCAAUUGCUCAAGAUCUCGAUCGUCGAACGUUUCUCUACAAUCUCAUUAUGCCUAUUAUGAACCAGUACAUACCAGGACUUGAUGAAGGUAAAGCCAUGUUCCUCUACUUUGUCAAGGCAGAAAUGUCUACACCUUGUGGCAUACCAGCAAGGACAGUACUAACAAGUUACUACAAAAGCAAGCACUUUAAAUGUCGACCAAAGGAUCCUUAUAACGAUUUCACAAGCCCAGACCAAGCUAUACUUUGUUAUGACAGUAACCAAAGCAUGUAUUGCCAGUUACUAGCAGCACUUGUCUAUCGCCACCAAGUCCUUCGAAUCGGGGCCGUUUUCGCCUCCGCCCUCCUUCGUGCCAUCUCUUUCCUCCAACGUAAUUGGCAAAAUAUGUGUCAUGACAUUCGAACAGGCCAAUUAAACGCCAUGAUCAUCGAUGUUUCUUGUCGAUCUGCUCUGUCCAAUAUUCUUUCGACUUUAAACCUAGAUUCUGAUAUCGUUGCAGAUGAGAUUGAGGAAAUUUGUGGACGUUCGUCGUGGAAGGGGAUAAUUUGCCAACUUUGGCCUAAGGCGAAAUAUAUUGAGGCAGUGGUCACAGGGUCCAUGUCACAAUAUAUACCAGCUUUAGAGUACUAUAGUGAAGGAAGAUUGCCUUUAAUUUGUACAAUGUAUGCCUCGUCUGAAUGUUACUUUGGUGUGAAUUUGAAACCCUUGAGUCCUCCAGAUGAGGUGUCUUUCACCCUAUUGCCUAAUAUGGCAUAUUUUGAAUUCAUACCUUUAGGAGCUAAUGGAACUUUCUUAAUGGACUUGGACGAGGAACAGUUUGUGCCUCAGAGUAAGCUGGUUGACCUGGUCCACGUUAGACUCGGUUAUUAUUACGAGUUGGUGGUUACUACAUUUUCAGGACUGUAUCGGUAUCGCAUUGGAGAUGUGUUGCAAGUAAGUGGAUUCCACAAUAAAGCCCCUCAAUUCAGAUUCAUUUGCCGAAGAAACGUGGUGCUCAGCAUUGACAAUGACAAGACCAACGAGAAAGACUUGCACAGGAGCAUCACCCUCGCCAAGAAACUCCUGGAACCGCACCAAGCUCUGCUCGUCGAAUACACCAGUUACGCCGACGCCUCUUCCGUGCCAGGGCACUACGUCCUCUAUUGGGAGAUCGUUCACAGCCAUUCCAUCGUGAACAAAGAUGUGAAUGUGGAAGCACAAGUAGUUGAAGAGUGUUGCAUUGCCAUUGAAGAAGAGCUUGACUACAUAUACAGACGGUGUCGGACGAACGACAAGUCCAUUGGGCCGUUGGAGAUUCGAUUGGUGAAGCCAGGCACUUUUGAAGCGUUAAUGGACUUGCUUAUAAGUCAAGGUGGAUCCAUUAAUCAGUACAAAACUCCAAGAUGCAUUAUCUCCAAUGACUCUGCACUUCAACUUCUAAAUUCUAGCAUCAAAGCUUCUUAUUUCAGCCCAAGGGAACCUUCUUGGAAUGCUUGAUCCUGCUAACAAACUUAAUUUCCCUUUUGAUUUAUUAAGCUAACAUCCAAGUUGCACUUUGAGGAUUGUGGCUGUUUAACCAAAAAGUGGAAUUUCAGUCAAAGCUUAUUUUAGAAGAACUCGGGUUACUGAUAAUCAAAUAGAAAUAAGAAUAAUGGAUGUAAAUAAAGGAUGAAUAGAAAGCGAAGUAAAUCAGUA